AUAACCAUGAUCAAAAAACGUCGCAGGGACUUUCACGAUUGCCAAACACUGUUAAUUUACCAAAUACAAAUGAAUAUAACGAAUUUAAAUUAGUCCAAGGCGUAGGGGUAUUAACCGACCACCAGGAUAAUUUAUCAUAUAUUAAAGAGAACUCAAGUUCUGUAACUACGCCACACGAGGACAUGGACGAAGACACAGUUCAAGAUGAUGAACAGGAUCGGCCUUCGGAUAUUGAUCAAGCUGUUGAUAUGCCAACAGAAAUCAUAAAUGAACAAAUGGAUUUGGAAUAUUCAACACCUGCGACUUCGGAAACUGCCACUGUUGCAAUAGAAACUUUGACCAUUGUAGAGUCUAACCAUGAUUCCAUACAAAAAGCGCCUCCCAUACAUUCUUAUCGACGUAUCAAUUGCAAAAAGUUCGAAAAAGAACCAUUCGUUAGACCUGAAGGUCACUAUAUUCGACAUGUCGAAUUGACCGAAAAAGAUCUUGUAGAAAUAGUCGAAUAUGACAUGGAUGAACAAGAUGAUAUAUGGUUGAAAACAAUUAAUCAAGAAAGGAAGAAGGAAGAUCUUGGUGAACUUACAGCUGAUGUUUUUGAAGCUUUAAUCGACCGCUUAGAGAAAGAAUGGUUUGAUCUG